UAGCUUGUUUUAAUUACUCGUGCUUUCCAAAUUUAAAGUAUUACUCCGUAUAUGGUUCCUUCACAUCCCACACAAUAUAUAUACACACACAUAUUACGAACAUUUUAAGUGAAUUAUUGGUAGAAAAAAGAGAGAAAUAUAUGUAUUCCAUGAAAGGAUCGGAGCAAAACAACGGCGGCGGUGGCGGCCACCACGACGGACGCCUUCGUGUGGCGAUGUUCCCAUGGCUAGGAUAUGGCCAUGUCUCCCCUUUCUUGGAAUUGGGCAAGAAGUUGAGCCUGAGAAAUUUUGAGAUUUACAUAUGUUCCACCCCUGCAACCCUUGAGCCGGUGAAGAAGAAGCUCGGUGCCGAUGCCUCCGUGAGGUUUCUCGAGCUCACGCUCCCGUCGUCUUCGGAACUUCCGCCGCACUACCACACGACGAACGGCCUCCCCCCACACCUCAUGCCCGUUCUCAAGGAGGCGUUUGAUGCAUCGCGUCCUGCCUUCGCGCAGCUCCUCCGCGACAUCAAACCCGACCUUCUCGUCUAUGAUUUCCUCCAGCCGUGGGCCCCACAAGAGGCGGCGGAGCUCGGCAUCCCCGCAGUCGAGUUCAUCAGCAGCAGCUCCACCAUGACUUGCCUCAUGGUCCAACAGUUCAAGCAGCCGGGUGUUGAGUUCCCGUUCCCCGCCAUCCGGUACCGAGACUACGAGCUCGCUAAGAUUGCCAAGGAGAAUGCGUCGACCCCUCCGGAGAGACGCGAGAAAGACAAGAGCCGCGUGCGCGAUUGCUUUGCGCGCUCUUGCGGCCUCGUCUUGAUCAAGAGCUUUGAUGAGAUCGAAGGUCAGUAUAGUAAUUUCAUCACCACUUUGACCGGGAAGAGAAUGGUCCCGGUCGGGGCAUUGGUUCAAGAACCUAGUAAAGAAGACGGGGAAUCCGAGGUGAUCGUGUGGCUCAAUGGGAAAGAAGAGAAAUCUACCGUGUUUGUUUCCUUUGGAAGCGAGUACUUCUUGACCAAAGAAGACUUGACUGAGAUCGCUCAUGGUCUGUACCUUAGCAACCUGAAUUUUAUCUGGGUUUUAAGGUUUCCAAAAGGAGAAGACCAUGGUGAUCUCAUCAAACAAGUUUUGCCGGAAGGGUUUCUUGAAAGGGUCGGGGAGAGAGGUUUGGUCGUCGAGGGUUGGGCCCCACAGGCGAAGAUCUUGGAGCACCCGAGCAUUGGAGGGUUUGUCAGCCACUGCGGGUGGAGCUCGGUCAUGGAGGGCAUGAAAUACGGCGUCCCCAUCAUUGCCAUGCCCAUGCACAUCGACCAGCCCGUGAAUGCCAAGCUGGCAGCCGAGGUGGGAGUGGCGAUGGAAGUUGUCAGGGACAGCAAUGGCAAGCACUCUUGCGACAAAAUAGCAGCGGUGAUCAAAGCGGUGGUUCAGGAGGAGGCCGGAGAGGGCGUGAGGUCAAAAGCGGCGGCGAUGCGUGAGAUGCUGGUGGAGAAAGGCGACAAAGAGAUCGAUGGGGUGGCUGAGGAGUUGAGGAAGCUUUGUGCCAAGAAAGAACAUGACUUCACUCUCAUCUUCUAGUCUGCUGGUUUAUGAUAUAGUAUGACUUGAGAUUUUAUUUAAUUUUAGCUAAGUUUGAGGUUUAUAGCAUAUCCUUCCCAGCUACAAAAAUGGUGGGUAGGGAGUAUGCGGCUACAUAUAUUAUAUAUGGCCGCUCACUGCUGCGUUUCUUUAUAAUAUACGCAGACAAAGUGU